CUCUCUGCUCACUCUGCUCUCUCACACACUCUGAACAUCACCACAACUAGACGGAGACUGAAUGAAAUCAAACGAGUGACUUUGUUUUUUCUUAUUUAUUUUUUUCUGGAUGGAUACUCGUUUGUUGGGAGGAUGUUGCAGGGAGUCCAGGAUCCUGAAUAUGUUUGGACGCUCGGAGCAGAUGGACGACCUGUCUCCUGCCAAGUGCUGCAGCUCUGUGGAGUCAUUCCUGUGUUUGAGUACGAGCAUCCCUCAGGAGUUUAGUGUGUCACUGGGACCUUGAGUCGCAGCUACACACACACACACACACACACAGACACACACUGGUGUUCGGCCGCUCCCCAGCUCCCCAGCCCUGCCAGACCUCUUAUCUCUAAAAGAUUGAUGAGGUCCCGUCCAGGCGCCCGAGGCCUGGCACAGCGUUGAUAAGGCAGCUUUCCUUUCAGCACAUUAUACCCCCCCCCCCCCCCCCUUCCUUUCUCCUCCUCUUCUCCAUCACACGGAGGGAAGCGUUCGGGUCGAGAGGGACGGCCCCCUCAGAAGACAUGAGAUGCCCCGGAGCUGACAGCUCUGUCUCCUCCUGUCACUCCAUCGUGGUCGGCGAGCAGGACGCCAGAGACGGCAUGUCCCUGUCCAACUGCUGGAGCUGGAAUAGAGUGAAACUGCAGAGAGACGCUCAGAGCUGAGAGCACGUCACGCACACCUGCACACACACACACACAUAAACACACCCACUGUUCCACACAGGACAAUGUGCAACAUCUCGUUCUGUGAGGUGGACAGUAAGGUGGACCAGUUCUUCCAGCCCACGCUCUACAUCAUAGUCAUCGUCCUGGGGCUGCCCACUAACUGCAUGGCUCUGUGGGCGGCCUACAUGCAGGUGCGCCAGCGUAACGAGCUGGGCAUCUACCUGAUCAACCUGUCGGUGGCCGACCUCCUGUACAUCACCACGCUGCCGCUGUGGAUCGACUACUUCCUGCAGCACGACGACUGGAUCCACGGCCAGGAGAGCUGCAAGCUGUUCGGCUUCAUCUUCUACACCAACAUCUACGUCAGCAUCGCCUUCCUCUGCUGCAUCUCGCUGGACCGGUACCUGGCGGUGGCGUACCCCAUGCGCUUCGCCAAGGUCCGACGAAUCAAAACAGCCGUCCUGGUCAGCGCCAUGGUGUGGAUCAUCGAGAUCGUGGCCAACUCGGCUCCUCUCUUCCACGACGAGCUCUUCCAGGAUCGCUUCAACCACACCUUCUGCUUUGAGAAGUAUCCCAUGCAGGACUGGGUGGCCGGGAUGAACCUGUACAGGACGUUUCUGGGCUUCCUGGCGCCCUGGACGGCCAUGCUGGUGGCCUACAGAGGGAUCCUCGCCGCCGUGCGCUGCAACGUCUCAACGGAGCGCGAGGAGAAGGCAAAGAUCCAGCGCUUGGCUCUGAGUCUGAUCCUGAUUGUGUUGCUCUGCUUCGGACCGUACCACAUCCUCCUCCUGGUGCGGAGCGUCAUGUUCCUGAACAAGCCGUGUGACUGCAGCUCGGAGGAGAGCCUGUUCGCGGCGUACCACGUGUCGCUAGCGCUGACCAGCUUGAACUGUGUCGCGGACCCCAUUUUGUACUGUUUCGUCAACGAGGGCGCUCGGCACGACGUGGGCCGAGCCCUGUCAGCGAUGAUCUCUGUGGCCUGCCACAGGGGCUCCUGCUCCUCGCCAUCACACGGCGACAUGCUGAACGCCGGCUCGGUCACGGUGGAAACGCCCCUAGCGGCGAAGAAGCAGCCGUGCGUGUACGCUGACGGCGGCAAGACGAGCAGCUACAAGACGGAGCUGGUGGCUCUGAAGGAGGAGUGUCUACAGAUGACCAUCCUCAGUGUCAGGAAGUGACUCGCACCCGCAACAGGAAGUAGCGGGUUCAAGCUGCGCAGGUCAGGGGGGGGAGGAACAUCCCAACACGUCUGGUUUCUUCUGGUCUGACCGGGUGCAGUCAGACACACUCGGGGCUGAAGAUCCUUAGAGUCAACGUUUCCACUCAGUGGCGCUGAUGAAGUAAACAGGACGCACAGUCUGGAGCCGGGUCGCAGCCCCGGCAAAAUGCUUAUGGCAAUUAUGAGAGGAGUUCAUGAGCAGAGCCUCAGUGCUGGAUGAAGAAUACAUACCAGAAAACUAUGAGAUUAUGAGAUCUGCUUUGUAAUUGUAAUAUUUAUGAAUAGAGGAGAAGGAAUGUGAAGUUUGGCCUGAAGGUGGAGCCUGAAGACCUGAAGGUUGAUCUCUGAGUGACAGCUCGUCAGGGUCGGUUCCAUGUCGCUGCUUUGGGUUCACGACCCGUUUCACACUAAUGCAGAUGUUUACCAAAACUAACCUGCUCCUCUGGGUUCGAGCUUCACGUCCUCACCAAACGUCCAGAUCUUUACAAACGUGGAGAUUAGUGGAGAUGCUAGUAAUGUUUCCACUGGCAUCGUUGAAGUAGACUUUAUCGCCACCUACUGGCCCAGCAUGCAUGUUGUAGUCAUUUGUGUGUUCGCGUCUCAAUAUUUAAUAACAGAUCUUUUAUUCUAAUUCUAAUUUUCAAAAAAAAUAUCCGCAGUAUUGUCGACCAGUCUUGAUUACGUUACUUGUGCACGGCUGUACUGAAUGCUGAUGUCAUCAUAUCAACAUGCUGUGUCAUCUUAUUAAAAUGCUGUGUCAUCAUAUCAACAUGCUGUGUCAUCGCUGCCAAGGAUUCAGACAUUGGAUUUUGAGGUCAACACUUUGAGGUUCAGUAUGAAGAGUCAGGGUCCCACCAAAGUCCUGAGGAUUCAGCCCCAGUGGACCAUUAAUGUCUUGCACCACUUUUCAUGCCAAUCCUCCCAGUAGAUGUUGAACUGGUUCUGCGUUGGUGCAUCAGAACGACAGACCAGCCCAGUGCCCUGCAGCCAUCAAGCUGAAUUUGAUCACUGUGCCAGGACUCAUUCAUGCCCCGGAGGACGUCCUCUGAUAUUUAAGUGGAUUUAUUCAAACAGACGCCCUCUGGACGGGUGAGACAGGAAGACACCUUUGGGCUCCAGCGGGACAAGUUGGGGGUUUGACGCCUGAAGCUGCCACUUUGGAAGAUACCAGAAGAACAGUGGUGUGAUGCAAGAACAGAUUCCUGUUCCAAUGCUCGUUGGAAACGUCUGCACUGUUUCGUUGGUGUUUAAAGGAAACAGUGUGAAGUACCUCAGCCUCCUCUUUAAUGUGAGCCAUGUUGUUUGUUGUUUUUCUUUCUUGUUUUACGACAAAUUAAAACCAAAACCUUUACGUGAAUUCA